AGCCAGUGGGAGGUUCUGGCUGAGAGCUCUCUGGGUUCAGCUGGGCCACCAGCCAUAACACACAGGACUGGGUGACAAGAAUAGGUAGGCACCUUGGCUUGGCUUAUGACUUUUGGAGAGAUCAUGUGCUUUUGAAGAGACAGCCAGUAUACUAGAUUCUCAUCCUGUCUCUGCUUCUGACUGCCUGCAUAAGUUGCAUCACCAGCACCAUGCUAUCACUGCCCAAGACCAAGGGGACCUUUAGCACCUUCACUCCAAAGGACAUCAUUGUUACCCAAAGAGAGAAACCUGGACAUACCUACCAAAAAGAGGAUAACCUGAAGAAUGAUCUGCAAAAGGAGGCCACGGUUCUUGGGGCUAUCCAGAUCCUAUCUUGCCUGAUGAUUUCAAGCUUGGGGGCAAUUUUGGUUUCUGCGCAGUACCCUACCCACUUCAACCCCCAGGUUUCUACUAUUUUGAUGUCCGGGUACCCAUUUGUAGCAUCUCUGUGUUUUGUCGUUACUGGAUCCCUCUCAAUUAUUUCUGGGAAAAAAUCAACUAAGGCCUUUGCCAUAAGAAGCCUAACCUCAAAUGCAAUGAGCUUUGUAGCUGCUGGAGCAGGCUUCAUCCUCCUCGCUGAUAACCUGGUAGCCCUGAGAACUGCCUCUCAGCAGUGUGACUUAGAGAAUCUAUCAUCAUUGCCUUACUCAGACUACUACUAUUCAGUAUAUGAAACCAAGGACUGUCUGCUGGGCAGUGCCAGUCUAACAGGUUUGCUGGUGGUGAUGCUUAUCUUCACUGUGCUGGAACUCUUACUAGCUGUAUAUGCAUCUCUCCUUUGGUGGAAACAGGUCCACUCUUACAACUUUGGCGUGAGUAUGUUGACAUGUCAGAUGAUACCUGCUGUGUCCCAAGGUCUGAGCUCUGAUGAUCCAGGCCCAAGAAGUGGUAGUAAAAGGAGUCAAUUGUUAGUCAUGACCAUGUGGAAGAGUGCAUUUUUCCUGCCUCAAUCACAAAAGCAUAUGCAAUAUGUCAAAAAGAGUUCUUCAAGGUCAUGGAUGAGUAACUGUUGGCAUCAGAGCAACAAAGAGAACACCAAUGCUGUUGCAAAGUGUAACGAGACAUUCCUGAAAUCUCAGCCGCUUUAGAGACUAAGAAACUUUAAACACACACACACACACAC